CAUAAGGACCUACUAAAUAUAGUAAAUACAAGAAACUAUAUAAUAUAGUGGAAAGAAGAAAUCAACCACAAUUAUGAUCAACUCUUCCCAGAACGAAUCAGAAGGGACACUGAACUUGACAUCAGCUGAACAAGGAUCUCGGCACGAAUCAUGGAUCAAUUUAGUUGUUGGGUGUAUUCUAUUGAUAACUACGUCAAUAUCCUUAUUUACAAAUGGCACUGUCUUGUAUGUUUUCUUUACCAGGCCCCAAUAUGUACUGACUAGAAUAAAUUCGUAUAUGGCUGUAGUCUGCCUUUUAGCUUUUAUAAUGGCAUCUCUAGGAUAUCCUAUGGUGGUCUCGUCCAGUUUUGCAGGAUACUGGCUGUUUGGCGAGACUGGUUGCGUCUAUUAUGGCUUUUUAACGACUUGCUGUGGCUUGUGCACGAUGUUUAUCCUAACAUUAAUAUCCGUGGACCAGUAUAUUUCAGUAGUGCACCGUAAAUUUAAUGAACAAUCCAUUAACUUAUUCAGCAUCAUCGCCAUCUCAGGGAGUCUACUUAUGUCAUUGGUUAUAGCUGUUGGUCCCCUAGUUGGGUGGAACAAAUAUGUGCUAGAAGGAAUAGGAACUACCUGUUCUAUGGAUUUAGAAAACGCAGAUGUUUUGUACCGAUCGUAUUUAGUAACAUUGCUGUUCGUCGCAUUUUUUCUUCCAGUUUCUGGUAUGAUGUUUUGUUACUGGAAAAUAUUUUCAAAGGUAAAUCGCUACUGUACAUAA